AUGGCAACUGACAUCGCCGCCAGUAUUGAAGAACCCCGCGGCGUCACAUGCGGGCUUUGUUUUAACGUUUUCAACAACCCGCUCACGUUUGACUGUCAGCACAGUUACUGUGCUGACUGUGUGCGCAACAAGCUAGAUUUGCAAAACGAGGAUGGUUUUGCAUGUCCUCUCUGUACUGUGCUCUACCCCACGGUGUCAGUGCGAAACCUGCAUGAGUUUGCUGAUGCAGCUCUUGCCAGUCAUGUGAAAAUUGUUGCAAACGGGGACGAUGGCCAAAGUAUUUGUCAGUGGUGUGAGGAGGCUCCCGCGGUAAUGCAGUGCAGUGAGUGCAUGUUCGUCUACUGCAGCGAUUGCAAUGCUGCUGUACACAAGAGCGCUGCGAAGCGUGGCCAUGUGACGGGAAGAAUUGGAGUUCAACAAAAGUUACGAGGGAUACAAAAAAAAUGUCACGUUCGCGGCCAUGAAGAGUACCGAGCCGAGUUUUAUUGCUUGCAGUGCGAGGAAAUGUGUUGUGCGUAUUGUCUUCAGGUUGGACAACACAAAAACCAUGAUAAUACUAGCAUUGCACGGGCAGCGGCCGAUGUCAGGCAACAACUGUCGCGAGACAUGAGCUUGAUCACGGAGAAAAAGAUGUGUCUUGAAAGUCAAGCCAGUGAACUGAAUCGUGUGACGGCACAAUAUUUUACUUCCUACGAUAGCGUUGAAAACAUUCUCACAGAACGCUUUGAGCACUUCAAGCAACGAUUAAUGCAGCGUGAGGUAGAAUUACGCAAGCUACUUGCAGCUUUGAGAGAGUCAGGUGAUGCCUCACUUAUAGCGUCACGUAAAUUGUUUUUGAUGAAGCUCAAUGCGUUGAAUGAGGCCAUGCUACGCUUUCAACACAUACAGCAUAGUGGUUCCGACCACGAGGUACUGGAGAGUCGCUCCAUUCUUUAUAGUUUUCUCAAGACCGAGACCCCGUCUGUUCUUGGAAGUGGGUUUAAGGUCUCCAACCUCGGUGAUAUGGUGAUUUCAGGCUUGGAUCUCCAGUUGGAUCUGCAAACUGUGCAUGCUGCGGAGCCACAGAAGUCCGCCCCUGUGGAGCAGAUGAUGGCUAACGGGCCUCCUUCUGGCGGCCUAACAACACGUCAACCGGGUGAAUCCAUGAAUGGCAACCGACGCUUCCUUGCGGCAUCUGGACUGUCAGCAGAAACACCGCUGCGACUUACAUUUCCUGUGGAUGACGAUGUGGAGGCCACGGUGAAAAGUGACGGUAUUCUGUUGCGCUGUGUUACACGUGGAGGAGGUGGAGUGACCCAAAUAGGUGUGCGGAGCAAGGAGCUUAUGGAAAACGUUGUUCGUCUCUUUCCUGAAGAUGGGGGCUGCGUUACAUGGCGAGUACGCCUGGAAUCCAUUGCAGAGUCCUUCCUUGGCGUUGUUGAGAAAACAGAUGCCACUACCAUUCCAGAGGGUUUCUACUGGUGUCCUACGAGGAGCGGUGUCGUCGACGGGCGUAUUGGUCAUUUUAGCCCUCUUGUUCAUCAACUCCCUCUGUGUCGCAACGGUGAUGUGCUUCGCUUUACGUACGAGGUGCGGGAGGGGACUCUACGUCUCGGUUUGAACGGAAGUGAUCGCGGCGUCAUUCUCACUGGCCUGCACCCUCGCAUAGCAGCGUGCUUUAUUUUUUAUCCUGGAGAAGCCUUGACAGUCUUGUCUUGA